AUGCGGCUGGUCAAGAUCUACAAUGAGGGGAAGAUUGUCGAUCUUUUGGCUGGACCGUGGUCAAUGGACCCAGCUGGCGCUAUGAUCAGCAGGAAAGUAACUACUGCAGGUAAGGCCAUUGGUGCUAGGGCCGUGUCUCCUAGAGACUAUGUUUCUAGGGCAAUGCAUAUCCACACCGUGGAGCCAUCUCAGCUGCAGGAUGCGGGACCCUCUUUGCCAUGCAAACCGGGAACUAUGGGUUGGCGCGAGGAACUUUCCGAGAUUCUGAUUUAG